AUGGCUCUGGAUCAUGAGCGUGCCAUUACGACAGCCAAGUCGUGGGCAAAAUUUGUGCAGAAUGUCUCUGGAGAUGAGCACCAUAAGCGCUUCCAUACACUGGAUGAAUACCUUCCAUAUCGAGUUCUCGAUUGCGGCCAAAUGUGCCGGCACGGAAUGGUGACAUUUGACAUGGGACUCAUUAUACCAGAGGAGGAGAUAUCACUCUGCCAUGACCUCAUGGAGCCGGCUUGGCAAGUUAUGGCCCUUCAAAACUACCUCUUCCCGUACAACAAAGAAGAGCAGGAUGCUUGGAAGUACAGCCAGCCAGAUGUUGUCAACGCCCUCUGCCGGAAGAAGAGAGAAGAAGUCGUUGCGAAAUACUUGGCCAUGGUGGAACGAACGCGCUCGGACGAAUCGCUCUCACUGGGCCUCUGA